UCAGUGGGAGAUGGCAGCAGAGAGAGAAAAGCACAAGCAAGUAAGAGGAAGUCAGUCAUUGUUCAUCGCCAGAGGACAUGCAAGAAGAUCAUUGCUUUCAAACGCCACAACCAAAGCCUCAUUUUGAUUUCCAGGUGAGACCCUGUCCGAUGAAGACGAGCGAAUGGUGGACUGUUACUCCUUCUCUUCUUUCAGUAAAAUGCUGAGUCCAUCCAGACCGGGACCAGGGAUGUGCAGUGAGCAGGACAAGCGUGGAUCUGAACCGGGGUCUGAAGGCAGCUUCGGACUUGAGACGGAUCGUUUUGGCUUCAUCGUGUCCGAUGGAUCUGAAGCUCGCAGGACUGUGGGCCCGCGCCCUCAACUUGUCAGGCAGAGGGAAGCCAAGUGGAUCCACAUCAUGGACCAAUGGGAGAGCAUCUUGUUCAAGAAGAAUAACAUGGUGAAAGUUCAGUGUCAGAAAGGUAUCCCAUCCUCACUUAGAGCAAAGUGCUGGCCUCUGCUCUGUGGCGCCACCAACAGGAUGAACAACAACAAACACCUCUAUCAGCGUCUGGACUCUAAGGCCGGGCUGCAGAAGUGGGUGGACGUCAUCCAGAGAGAUCUGGACCGACAGUUUCCUUUCCACGAGAUGUUCCUCUCCAAGGAGGGACACGGGCAGCGAGGAUUGUUCAGAGUCUUGAAAGCUUUCACUCAGUUCAAGCCAGAGGACGGCUAUUGUCAGGCUCAAGGACCGGUGGCUGCGGUCCUCUUGAUGAACAUGCCAGCUGAGGAGGCCUUCUGGUGUCUGGUGCAACUUAGUGAGCGCUACCUCCCUGGAUACUACAGCCCUCUCCUGGAGGGAGUCCUGUUCGACGCCACUCUUCUGACCUGGCUUUUAAGAAGAACAUGUCCUCCCGCACACAAACACCUGCAGCAGCACGGCGUGGAGCCCCUCAUGUUCGCCACCGAUUGGCUGAUGUGCUUGUUCACGCGCCACCUGCCCUUCAGCGCGCUGCUGCGAGUCUGGGACCUGUUUUUCUGCAACGGGGUGGGGGUGCUGCUGAAGGUGGCGGUGGUGCUGGUGCGGAGGGUGCUGGGUCGGGCCGAGCAAAGGAGGGAGUGUCAGGGCCAGUUGGAGACUCUGCAGAGGCUGAGGGACGUCCGAUGUGAGGUCCAUGAGGUGGAGGACGACUUCAUAGCAGAGGUGUGUGCUAUACCGCUAUCAGCCAGCGAUCUGGGGAGGCACACAGAAAAGGAGCUGGCAAAGUGGAGAAAAGACAGACCCUCGUCCACCUUUGACCCCAGAGGUCGCUGCCAGGGUUACCGUAUGGCCUGGGCUCAACUCGACCGAGAGAGAGAGCCGGAGAAUUUUUUUGUGCCCCUCACUCGCUCGGCCUCCAGCCUGCUGUUGUCUACUUCGAGGUGGAAAAAAGGCGGGGAGAAGGUUGCCCGGCAACUGUCGAUGCAAGCCAAGGACUGGAGGAGCUGCAGCGAGUUGAACUUUGAGGAGGAUACAGGCGGCAGCGACGCACGUAGACCAGGAUCCAUGGCAGAAAUUCAAGUCGUAAGAAGAGUGGAAAUGAUGCAAGCUGCCAAAAACUGCGAGUCCCCAAAUGUAAGCGAGGACAGGAGCUCAUCAAAGGGAGGCGUGGAUGAAGACCACAGAACUGAGUCAUCAGCGGGGCUCCGUAAGGAGAUGUCAGGCCACGUACAGGCGCUGACCCAGACACAGCAACAAUUAGCAACUGAUCAUCCACUUUGUGAGACCAACACCCUUGUUCAAUGCAAUCAUCAGCAAGGAGGCACCAAAGGUAAACAAAAAGAAGCAAAUAAGGAAACAACGGCCACAGAAGUCUGCAAGGAGACUGAGAGUCCUGCUCAGGAGAGGAAAGGCGCCGGUGAGCUUGCGACAAGCUUUUCGGGCGACGUCUGCAUCUGCGAGUCGUCCGGAUUAACGCGCCGGCUCUCAAAAAAUCUCUUCAUCAACCCCGGUCUCACCCUGACCCCAGCCGUUCCUCCCUCCGAAGCAGCUAAACGUAAGCAGCCCAAAAAGAGCAAGCAGAAGGUGGAGUGCAGACUCCAAGUCCCAACUAUCUUGAUCCAGGACUUUAGCGACCAACUGAUGGAGGAGGGGAGGCGGCUGGAGAAGAGGAGGUGGUGGUGGCGGGAUCGGCAGGACAGGAAGGAUAAGGAGGAGAGGGAGAAGAAGGAGGAGGAGGGAGAGAGAAGGAAACCGCAAACUAGGGGGCAAAGUUUCCAGGUCCAAAGAGAAACAAUGAAAAGUUAUUUUACCUCUGCUGAAUCUUACUUUUAACACUUCUUGUCAUGUUCAUCAUUUCUUGACAUGCUUUGGAAGUUCUGUUGGCUUUCCUCAAAGCUCCUCCAACACAAACCACGGGUGCUCCACGAUUCCCAAAGAUCACACUGUAGACCAGACCUGGGCAAUAUAAGGCCCGGGGCCACAUGCGACACGCUAAGCUUUUCAAUCUGGCCCGCCGGACAUUCCCAAAUAAUUUUAUUUAGAUUUUUAAGAUGAAAAGUAUAGCUGCCAUUGUCUAUCAAUAAAUUAAUGUUCAUUUAUAUAGCCCUACAUCACAAGUGUCUCAAAGGGCUGCACAAGCCACAACGACAUUCAUUUUUAAUUUUCCUGAGGGAACUCUCCUGAAAGAAUCAAUAAAGUACAAUCUAUCUAUCAAUGAGAAUGACUAUGAGAAACCUUUGAGAGGACCGCAGAUGUGGGCGGUCCGUCAUAACGUUUUUAGCAUUCAAUCAGGCAUUAAUGUGUGUUUUUUAUUGGUUUUCCUAAAAAUAGGACCCAAACACACAUAUUGGACAGCAGAUUGUCACAGCUUAUAUAUGUUUGUGUGUGCGUGUGCGUAUAUUUAUAUAUAUACCGUAUUUCCUUGAAUUGUCGCCGGGACGCUAAUUAAUUUAAACCUCUUCUCACUCCGGCGUUUACCAAAGGCAUGUGGUAAAUUUAGGCCUGCGCUUAUAAAUUUGAGUGUGAUGUAAGGAUACCAUCAUGAAAAGCACAUUUAAUAAAAAAACAUUAUUAUGGUCUUACCUUUACUUAUAAAUGAAGUCCAUGCGCAGCUCCUUCUGAUCAAAAGCAUCGAUAACUUGUUUAUAGAAGUCUUCCUUAUCUUUCUUCAGUUUUAAAAGUCUCUUUGUCUAGAUGGAGAUCUUCCUUUAUUACCUCCUGCUUCGAUUGAAAGAAAACUGUUUUAUUUUAGAUAUGUAAUCCUCCAUGUUAAAAGUGCAAGCGAGAGGAAAAAAUAAACGAUCGUUGCUCACUCUUGCUGCUUGUUGUCACUUCUUCUGCAGCCGAGUUGUCGCAAGAAAGAUCACUAGCGCCCUCUACCACCAGGAGGCAGGAGUCAUUUAAUGACUCAUAUUUGACACACGCAGCUACGGUAUAUUAAUAAAACAUAGCUGCUUACUGUUCUUUUGAGCAUAUACAAUAGCUUGGACCUUAAAUCCUACUGAAUAGCUCUUAAUCUUCUUCCCUUUAUGCGAUUUCAAAUUAUUGAAAUCAGCCUCCUCCAUUUUGAAAAUGAUGACAGGUGAAAUGUCACUCGUGACGUGACGAGUUUGACCCGGUGGAAAUUCUAGGCAUAUGCUAAUUAUUUUGCGAAACAAGUUUGACCUGGCGGAAAUUCUAGACAUGCGUUAGUAAAAAUAAUAUUUUGCGAAACGAGUUUUAAUCCUGAGCCGGCGGUAAUUAUUUUGCUUAACGAGUUUGACCCGGUAGUAAUUCUAGGCAGGCGCAUACUAUAUACCCGGCGGCAAUUCAAGGAAAUAGGGUAUAUACAUACAUAGAUAUACAUAUAUCGGCCCCCAGACACAUUUUUUUUUCUAAAUGUGGCCCCUGAGUCAAAAUAAUUGCCCAGGCCUACUGUACACCAAUGAUAAUAAUAAUAAAAAAGGAAAUAACUUUGUUUUGACACUCGUGCAUGGUGGUUGCUAUUAGCCUUAUUUUCUCCAAAAUAAAAAAAAAAUAAAAAUGCAAAGUUGAUGACUUAUAAUAACAGAUUGUUUUAUCGUCCAUCGGUCGGUCUACCUAAGUGUCGUCUUCACUGUCACUGGCCAGAACCUCUUGGCCGCUCAUCGGCUGAGUGGUGGUCUGAGAGGAUGGGGGAAGCACUGAUCCGAAGAGCAGGGAACAGAACUGCAACAGAACGCAAGACAAUAUUAGUACGCUUUUAAAUCUGUCAUUCUGUGCUCUGCCAUCACAAGACAAAUAAGGAAACAUAAGAUCAAAUAAGUUACUUCAUACCUCUAAAGGCUUAGUGGCCACAUGCGUGGACAGCACCUUUCAUCUCUUAUUUCCAAAAUUGUGUACACCGCUGACUUGGGGUCUUAUGGCCACUUAUGUGGACACUUAUACUGCCAUCUGGUGUUGUCAGAAGAGUAUAAUAUACAAUGGAAUUUGGAAAAAAAAAGUGUAAAAAUAAUAAUUAGCAUGUCACUAAAAAUGAAGUACACGUAUGUGUACUUACUGACUAAGUACAUCAUAUCAAAAGAUGAUUCUUAGUUUUCAUUCUAAUCAGGCUCCAAUAAGCCCAAAAGCAAAGAAAAAUAAUCAAAAAAAAAAAAAGCAUGUUAACAAACUGCUUGGGGCUCAAGAGGAUAAAUGCCAUUUUGUAAGGUGACUGUCCACAGCACCUUGUGUGUCCCGAUACCUAACUGGUAUCGGGACACACAGUUAGGGUUGUACCGAUACCAAUAUUUUGGUACCGGUACAAAAAUGUAAAUAAAACUUUUGUAAAUAAAGGGGACCACAGAAACGGUCAUUAUUGGCAUUAUUUUAACCAAAAAAUCUCAGGGUACAUUAAACAUAUGUUUAUUAUUGUAAUUUAGUCUUUUAGUAGUAAGUAAACAAACAAAGGCUCCUAAUUAGUAUGCUGACAUAUGCAGUAACAUAUUGUGUCAUUUAUACACCUAUUAUUUUGUACAUAUUAUGAAGGACAAGCAGUAGAAAAUGAAUGAUUAAUCUACUUGUUCAUUUACUGUUGAUAUCUGCUUUCUUUUUGUUUUAACAUGUUCUAUAUCAGAAUAUCAGACUUCGGCAAAAAAGCCAUUAUUGGACAUCUCUAAUAGUUUGCUGUAAACUUAAGUAUUUUUAUUUUGACAAAAACAUGUUUGGAAAGUAUGAUAAUAUACUGUAUUAUUUGCUGCAAUAAUGGAUACUAUUAAAGUUUAAAAGGCA